GUUCCUUCCUGUCCAUUUCAAAUGCCCAACAAGAUCAGAUCUUCAUGAUUCACUCCCAUAUCUCCUCUCAUCAUCCUCUGUAUUUGUCCCAACUUUUCCGAUCCGUCUUCCCACCGCCAUAUCUUUCCUCUUCAUAUUCUCCACUACCAUAUCUUAUAUAUAUAUGGGCCGCAAUUCUCUCCAAUAGUCCAAUCCCACAAUUGAUCUUUAAUUUCUUCUUCGACUUGAUCGUUCCAUACCCAAUUUUUUGAAGGAAAAAGAAAAUGACCCCUGCAGAUUGUCAAAAGUUCCACGUUCUUGCCGUCGACGACAGCAUAGUCGACCGGAAACUGAUAGAGAGGGUCCUAAAGGCCUGCUCCGGCGACGACGACGUGAAAGUCACGGUGGUGGAUUCCGGGGCGAAGGCUCUCCGGGUGUUGAAUGAAGUGGGGGUGGAUCUGAUCAUCUCCGAUUACAGCAUGCCCGGAAUGACCGGCUACGAUCUGCUGAGGGAGAUCAAGGGCUGCCCUGCUUUCAAACACAUCCCCGUCGUGAUCGUGUCGUCCGAGGAUGUUCCUUCCCGGAUUAACAACUGCCUGUCGGAGGGCGCGGAGGAGUUCUGCCUGAAACCGGUCCGGCUGUCGGACGUGAAACCGCAUCUGCAGAACGCCUGCAAAGGAAGGGCGUCUAGGGGAUUGACUUCUUCGAUUUGUGGGAUUGUUUGAUUCGUCCAUUUUUGAGGAUUUUGAAGAAGUAGUGUGUUAAUAUAAUAAUAUUGAUUGAUUGAGAACCGUUUUGCAAGACAGACAUUUUCUGCUCCAUCCUCUAAAUUAG